AUAGAUUUGAAAACUUGAUGUGUGUAUUCAAGCCAAAUUAUGUCCAUGGGACUGCUGUCUUGUUUUCUCUGAAAUGGCAAUACCAUUAAAUGUACUUGAGUGGGAAGAAAUCUGAAGAUUAGGUUUUCCUCUUCUACCUUACCUCACAUGGUCAUUCUGCUGCGCAGUUUUCUUCUCUCUCUCCCUGUCCACAGAUUCUUCCAAAGGAAUAGACCCAGGCUAAACAAGAACUCUUUCUGCAGAUCCUUCAAAGAAAGUAUAAGGUCUGCAUAAAUGGAAUGCCAUAAGAAGUGGCCAAACAGUACUGGACAGGGAGAAAAGGAUCAUUAGUUGUUCACUGUAAUACAGGGAGGCACAUUUCCUACUCUGAUAUGUGUUGCAAGGGUAUCGUGGCAGGUAAGGGAUGUGCUGGUGUGUGUUCUGAGCUAAAGCAGGUUUGUUGCCCUUCUGGGUAGGUAGCAACUGGAGGGGUCUAUGGAAAAAGGUGUUUCAAACAGUCGUGGUAGCGAGGUGCCAUGUUACAUGUUCAUGUGCAACUUUGAACUUGUAAGUUCAGGGUUGUGCUUAUGGUGACACUACGUUAAUUCUUUGAAUGAAAAUGUUCCCCUCUCUGGAAUGUUUCUUCAGAUGUGGAUGAAAGUCUGAUUCUUAUAAUUCAAUUAACUUACAUCUUAAGAAGACCUCAAAUUUUUGAGAAGGUUUUUUCAAAUGCUUCUGACACAUUGGCGGACAAGCACAUCGAACCUACUUCUAAGAUGCAGAUGUUUGAUUUGGAAAAGGAAGCUAGUUGCAGAACCCAUACGCAUCCUGAUGUAGAGAUGGUAUCUGACUGUCACAGGGUUAUGACUUGUCCAAGGCAUGACUGUAGUUCUAGCAAGAAUAGGAAGAAAAAUCAUAAUUCUCUUCAAGAGGACUUGCCACUACGGGGGCUUCCUAAUCAUAGGCAUUUGUUUCAAGAUUCCAUGCUAGAUACCGGAAGGUAUUUCAAGAAGCCUCACCAUACAGUGGAAGAGGGAGUUCAGAGAGAGGAGCGAGAGAGGUACAAACAGCUGUUGCAGCAAGAAAAAGAAAAGAGACCUAAAAAUUGCUCUACACCAACAAUAGCAAAGCAGUUAGAUGUCCAGGGAUGUUCCUGUGGCUCUUUAAAGACUGAUCACUAUCUGGGAAAAACUGUCACUUCAUUUGAGGCACCAAAAAAUGGCAUCAGAAACUAUGGUCCCACAUGCUCUAGCAGCAAAGUAAACAGCUCAGUUACAGUAGCAGAAAGGUCUUCAGAACCCCAAAAACUAGUGGUACUAAAAAAAGAGGGUCUAAAAGAGCCCUUGGCAAAUUACCUAUCAAAUGAAGUGUCACUUAGGCUAAGCCUGAACCCAGAACAAUCUUUCAGGAGGUGCUCUCCAGUCGAGAAAGAAGAACAGAAAUGUCUGAGCUUAGAAAAAGCUUCAGAGUGUCUUCCUGACUUUACAGAGGAUAUGGAGAGAGAGAUAGCAAAUGUACUGAGUGAUGGCUAUGAUGAUGAAAUUUUGACUAAUGCCUUCAAGUUGAACAUAACCCGUGGAGAUAUUCAGACUUUAAGAAACCAUCAGUGGCUUAAUGAUGUGAUUAUUAACUUCUAUAUGAAUCUUCUGAUGGAGAGAAAUAAAAGGCCAGGAUUUCCAGUUCUUUAUGCUUUCAGCACUUUCUUCUAUCCCAAGCUAAAUUCUGCUGGCUAUAAUUCGGUAAGAAGAUGGACCAAAGAAGUGGAUUUGUUCCAACAUGAUAUAAUCUUGGUACCUAUUCAUAUCAGGGUACAUUGGGCUUUAGUGGUUAUAGAUACGAGGAAAAAGACCAUCAAAUAUUAUGACUCAAUGGGACAAAAUGGCAACAGGAUAUGUAGAAGAUUGCUACAAUAUCUGCAGGAGGAAAGUAAAUCCAAGAGAAAUGUGGACAUUAACGCUUCAUCAUGGACGCUUUAUAGUGUGAAAUCAGAUGAAAUCCCACAACAAUUGAAUGGCAGUGACUGUGGAAUGUUUACUUGUAAAUAUGCAGAUUUUAUCUCCAGGGAUAAGCCCAUUACAUUUACGCAGCAGGUACACUUUCUGAAGAAGGCCUUGGAGGCUAUGUACCCCAAGGAGGUGAAGAAAGGAAGGAGGAAAAUCCAAGGAGAAAUUGUGGAGGAGGAAGAGAAAGGGAGGACCUGGUGAGAAAAUCUGCACAAAAGGCUAUGAGGGGGACAGCAUUCCAAAUAGCUUAGAAGUUGACUUUUCAUUGCUAGGCUUUCCUGAGUAAACAAUAUUAAAGUAGUACUUCACCUGACUGGCAAAGAAGUGACCAAUAAUUUUGACGACAACUUCCUCAUUUUCAUCAGGUGUUUGGUCACGUGGUACAAUUACUUCUGCACUAGUUAAGUUCUGUAGCUCAUUCACCUACAAUGUUAAGCAUAUAGAAAUAUUUGGUAAGUGAUCAUUUUUACAUUUAAACAAUUCCAGACAUGUAUAGGUUAAUGGUACUACUGCUAUGCAGUGCAAAAGUGAUUAGAUAGCUAUACCAUUCAUGCACAGUAUAUAAUCAAACAAAACCAGUGGAACGUUGGCUCCCAUUUCCUUUAGAUAACAAACAAUCCCCACAGGUUUUUUUAGGCUAUUUCCUUUGACCCUGAUAUGAACUGCCCUACAUACCGUUUUGCCGCCUUUUCCUAUCACACGGCCUGCUGCAGAGGAAGGCACCUUAAUAUGAGCUUCAAGCUUUACUUCUUCUUUUGGAUUGAAAAAGUUUUCCUCUUUCAGUUUCCCAAAUAUUCGUCCUUGGGCCUAGGACAACAAAGAGUUGAGCUUGCAAAUUUUCAGCUGAAGUCUAAUUUAUAGUCAUCCUAGCAUAAAUCCAUAAAGAUGAUGUGAACUCCUAAGAACUAUUUUUGCCCUCUCAGGGAAUUAAGAAGGAGUGGAGUUUCUGAAUGAGAGUUAGCUGAAGUGGUCCAAACCAGUAGGUAUAUCCCAGAUUCACAGUGCAGUUCUCCUACAUUGCGUCCAAAACUAAAGUUAACUACAGGGGGUAGUGAAUUGCUCCAGAGCUUAUUUUGGCACAUUGCAGCAAAGACAGUGAAUAUGUAUACAACCAACAAAUGCUGCUUUGCUUUUGUUAAUAUAUGGAUCCCAAUAAAACCAUUUUGCACCUUCA